CGGGAACCUAGACAUAACUGUGUCUUUCUCCUCUCCUCAUCACACGAUCUCUUCACGUUCCCUCUCCUCACACAAUCUCUUCUUCCCGAUCUCCUCACACAAUCUCCUCUUCCCGAUCUCCUCACACGAUUUUUGCCUUCCACCCCUUUGCACGAACCCCUCUCCUCAAAACUCCUCUCUGCCUAAACCUCUCUCGCUGAACAUCUCCGACGAACCCCUCUCUUGGAACCUCUCGUUCGAACUCCUCUCAGACUAACCCUCUCGUGGCUCAUCCUUUGCUCCUGUCGACUCGUCUCUCACUCUCUUGGCGGUUUCCUCGGCGAUCAAGCGAGAGGCGGCAUGGGAUUCUUUAGGAGCCUCACCCGACUGCCCGACCCAACUGGGUUCGGCUUCAGUUCCACAUCCAAGCAGGUCACUGAGGGCGUCGACGCUUCCAAGCAGACCGUCAUUGUCACCGGUUUGUCCAUCCCUAGGAUCUGGAGAAUCACUCUUUGAAAAUCUGUUCUUGCUUAAGCGAGCUUGGCUUUUUUCGAACUCUAGCUUGAUUCGUGUUUUGAUGCACAGAUCUGAUUUGUUUCCGACUUGAUUUUGGUGCCUAAUUCAUCCAAACUCCCACUCUUUCCUCGCUGCUCGUUUGGUGAUGGCUCCUUUUUAUAUUAAAAAAACUUUUAAAAUGUUAACUCUUAUUUUAAUUUACUAAUGUUGCUUGCUGAUCACUAUACUAAUAUUAUGUCAAUGAAUGAGAAUCUCUCUUCUAGAUUUUGCUGAUCGCCUACACCAAAAUUUUGGAUUCUUGCAUUCGUUUCAAAUUGCUCGAAGACGGCAAAGAGAUCCAUCACCGGAUCAUCAGUCACAGGUAUUUCGCCAGAAACUAUUCUCUUCUCGAAAAGAUUGUUCAGAUGUACAUAUCAUGCGGCGAGAUUGAGUCUGCCCGUCUCGCGUUCAACGAUUUACUGCAACCAAGUGUCUUCCUGUGGAACACCAUGAUCAGGGCUUACGCUUGGAAUGAGCCCUUUGGUCGUGCCGUUGAGCUAUACCAGAGAAUGCUCGAUACAGGAAUCGAGCCGAACAAGUUCACAUUUCCGUUUGUCUUGAAGACUUGUUCAGCUCUGGAGGCGCUUGCGGAUGGAAUUCUGAUACACGAACACGCCAAGAAGGCAGGGCUGGAACUAGAUGUGUUUGUGUCUACUGCUUUGCUCGACAUGUAUUUGAAAUGUGGCUGCUUAGAGGAUGCACACGAGGUGUUCUGCAGAAUGCCCCAAAAAGAUGUUGUUGCAUGGAACGCUUUGGUCUCUGGUUACGCACUGAAUGGGAGGUACCAAGAAGCAAUUCGUUGUCUUCUUCAAAUGCAACGGACAGGAAACAUACCGAACCCUUCCACAAUAGUGGCCCUCCUACCUAUCGUCGGCCAAGCGAAGGCCCUGAUACAAGGAAAAAGUAUUCAUGCAUUCUGUAUCAGAAGACGCAUCGAUAAAGGCGAUGUUCUGGUUAAUACUGCAUUGCUGGACAUGUAUGGAAAAUCCGAGUGCUUGGUUCGUGCUCGUAGAAUAUUCGACAGCAUGAGCUUCAGGAACGAGGUGACAUGGAGUGCGAUGAUCGGAUGCUACACUCUGUGUGGCAGGAUGGCGGAGGCAUUGCAAAUUUUCAGAAACAAUGCUGGCGUGAUGAACUGUCUUUAUAAACUCUCAGAAGAUGGUAUAGAGAUGCAAUUUGCUACAAAUCAUCUGGGUCACUUUUUGUUGACAAAUCUUCUACUUGAGAAAAUGAAAAAUACAGCAAAAGAGUCAGGAAUCGAAGGGCGUAUUGUGAAUCUAUCAUCUGUAGCUCACAUUGGGAUUUGAAAAUGGCAAUAGAAAAGAUUAUAAGUUGAGUCAAGCAUCAAGAAAUCAACUAAUUUUAGUGCCACAUAAUGUUGGUUAUCAUUGGAUUCUCACUAUCAUUGAUCCAUAUAAGGAAACAAUUUAUUUGUUGGAUUCGCUUAGUCAUCGCAUUCGUGACGAGGACUGGAAAUACGUAGUGGAUAUGAGCAUAAGAUUGCUUAAUUCAAACAAGGAAAAAAAAAGGGAAAAAACAUGUUACAUGGAAAGUAAUAAAGGGUCCUCGCCAACCAGAUUCGAAACAGUGUGGUUUUUAUGUGAUGAGAUAUAUGAGAGAUAUUAUUGAAGAAGUGGAAAUUAUCGAGAGAGAUUCACUUCGAUCAAUAUUCAUCAAAACGUAGUACUCUAGAGAAGAAAUUGAUGAAGUACGUUCCGAGUGGGCACAAUGCAUACAAGACUAUAUUUAUAACUAGCUUUGAGAUCUUACUAGAGUGUUGCUGCUAUAAUGUUGAGACAUAAGAAAAGGGAGAAAGCUGGGUUUGCAAGCUAAGUCUAUGAAAUUCUAUAUGCAGAAAAUGGACCAGUACGUGAAGAUUGUUGUGGUCUGAUAAACUUAAUUUUGUGGUCUCAUCUUUUGUGGUUGUGGUCUGAUAAACUACUUGUGGUCAUGUUUGGAUAGCUUGUAGUAAUUGUAGAAGUUUAUAAACUUAACUUAAGUGAAUAUACAUAUAUGUUGUACCAGUUUUUGAUUGAGACAAGAUGUAUAAAAGAUAACUGAAUGUAUAUAUGUUGAAAACUGUUUUUGUGACUGUAUAUAUGUUGUACCAGUUUAUGUGCAAAAAUAUUAUAUUGUUUUAUC